CUUCCGGGUGUUAAAGAUUGUUUUUGCUGUGCACGGUUCUGCUUUGUUACAUUUUGUCAGUUUUUAUUUUUUAUAAAUUGUCCUUACCAGUUUGACGGGAUAAACCAUUAAUCAUUAAAAACACUUUUGUUUAAAUACCACGUUAACCUUAUGGCUGUAUCUUUGGACCUCUGGGAUGUUUAAACUGACGUACGAGGCUAACUUCAGGACUAGCUUACAGGGGUGUUUUAUUUCAGGAUGUCUAAACUUGAGCGUUUGAGUGCCCGCGUGGCCAAACUACUGACUGAAGCUGUGCAGGAGGUUCUGGAGGUGGUGAAGGAGACCGUGUCAGAGUACCAGGAGAAAACAGCCAGGACUCAGAGAGAGAAUGAAAGUCUGAAGAGAAGACUGCAGGAGCUCCAGGACAGGAUACCAAAUGAAAGCGCAUAUGAAAGUACAUCUGUCCUAACUACAAGUGGGCCACCAGCUGAGGAAAACGACAAGACAAUGACUCAGGAUCUGAGUGUCAUUCAGAAGCAUAACUCAGAUGCCGUCACUCUCACAGAGCAAAAUCCGAUAAACAGCCACAAACUCGACUGUGCCGUGAAGCAGGAGUCCAAAGAAAAAGAGAGUCGCAAUAAUAUUCAGACACAGUCUGAGUGCAAGUUGGCACAAACACCAACAGACCAUCGCAAAGCACAACCAGCAGAUAUGGCACACAUUUCAGAGGAACAGAAUAUGUCGUCAUCACAUAAUACAACCAGGGACACCAGAAGAGACUUAUCAAAUAAUGAGCCCAACCCAAACAGUUUGCUGGAAUACAGCACUCUGUUUGGGGUAAACCUGGCUGCCAUAAAAAGAGAAUCAGAGCCCACAGACUGCACAACAUUGCAGCAACCAUCUCUUCAACCACAGUAUACCGGGUGCAUGGAUUUAAGCUGCAACUCUUCUCGUCACAUCUCUGCUGAGACCCACAGGCCGCAAGUUAGUGCUGAGCCUUAUGGACUCAUCUUUGUUCAUUCAAAUCACACUGCGCACAGAAGGCAUGGAUUAGCAAAAACCAGCAGGGCUGGUUUAGAUGGCAGACAAAUGAGGACAGAGCACCUCAGGAGAGAUGGCUUGCACUUGUGUGUUGUUUGUGGAAAAACAUUUAGCAGGGUGGGAAAUUUGAGAAUCCACCAGCGUUGCCACACCGGAGAGAAGCCGUACGGCUGCGUACAGUGUGGGAGGCGCUUUAGUCAGGCAGGAGAUUUGAAAAAACACAAGAGGGUCCACACGGGGGAGAAGCCGUAUUACUGCAGCCAGUGUGGAAAGAGCUUCAGUCGAGGGGAGAACCUCAAAAGACACCAGAGGAUCCACAUCGGGGAGACUCUGCAGUUGCAGCAAGCGUGCCGGGAGCAGCGGUAGUGAUGACGGUACUGAGUAAAGUGCACAUCAGUAAAAUCAGCACAGUUACUUUUUUUUUCUUUUUUUUUUAGAGAAUAUUUAAGUAUUGUUUUUUGAUCUGUGCUCCUAGUUUAAGAAACAGAUGCAGUGUAUUUAAACUGCCAAAGCUACUAACUUACUGGAGCUGUUGGAAGGCUCUACUUGCUUUUCUGUUUGUCACUCUAAGCCAGUGGUUUUCAAAUCCAGGCCUCAUGGCCCGGUGUCCUGCAGGUUUUAGAUGUGUCCCUGAUCCAACACACCUGAAUCAAAUGGCUGAAUUACAAGGCUGCUGUACUUCACCCUCUUCACCAUAGUGGGUGAAGUCUUACAGGAAGAGAUGCUCUGAUCUCUAUCUGGAUUCAUAUCUGCGCAAUGUUAUUUUUGGUGACACAAUUUCACCAAGUUUUGAAACUGAAAUAACAGCCAGAAGCAAACAGAUUUCCAUGCAGUGUUUAACUUUUAAGAAUAUAUUUCAGUACAAAUGAGAAGCCAUCUUACACAGGAAGCUGCUGUCAUCUUACAGCCAGUUAUAUUCCCAAGGUGCUACCCAGGGUAUGAAUAUGAAUACCCGAUAUAAUUUAUGCUUACUUUAUUAUUA